ACCCUAUCAUCUUUACUAUCCUAGACAGACUUUCCUAAAUAACGAAGAGAAAGCAGCUUCGUGCCCCAACACCAAUAACAUUGCUUAACACCACAGGCCUUUUAAUCUCAAACUUUGAUCAUGACAGAAGUUUCGGAACCGAUUCGCACAACGGCGUACAAGCCGCAUCCUACUGAGAAGAUGAAGGCAGCUGUCUGGACCGGUAAAAAGUCGAUCAAACUGGACACUGUCCCUAAACCCACUAUCACCGCGCCUAAAGAUGUCAUUGUACACAUCACUCAUUGCACCAUAUGCGGCUCGGAUCUGCACAUGUACGCUGGCGACAUGAACCAAGUGAUGGAGAAAGGCUUGAUCAUGGGCCAUGAAGCCAUCGGUAUCGUCGAGGAUGUCGGCCCUGAGGUCAACAAGCUAAAAGCUGGGGACCGGGUGAUCAUCUUGCCGGUCAUUGCUUGUGGCGAGUGCUUCUACUGCGAGCGCAAAGAGUACUCUCUUUGCGAUCGGACCAACCCAUCCAAGGAGAUGGAACAGAUGUACGGACAUCGGCUGUCAGGCAUCUUCGGCUAUUCCAUGGUCACUGGAGGAUACCCUGGCAACCAAGCGGAAUACUGUCGCGUCCCCAACGCAGAUUUGGUAUGUGUCAAAGCUCCAAAGGAGACGCCAGCUGAAAAGCUGCUCGGUCUUGCGGAUGUGACACCUACCGCCUGGCACGGCUGCGAGCUGGCAGAAGUAGGUCAAAAUGAUGUCGUUGGCGUAUGGGGCUGCGGCGCAAUCGGUCUUUCAAUCCAGCGCUUGGCGAAGCUGCGUGGAGCGCGAAAGGUUUACGCGGUCGAUAAGGAUACCCAUCGCCUCAGUAUCGCAGCGUCAUUCGGCAUGAUUCCCGUCGAUUUAAACGAACACGGCGACCCGGCAGAGUACAUCUUGUCCCGCGAGCCACAUGGUCUGGACCGCGGUAUCGAAGCAAGUGGAUUCAGAAGUACAAACUCGAUUGCUCACGCGACUAUGAAAUCUCUGGGCCUCGAGGGCGAUAGCUCGGACACUGUGAGCGAGGUGAUUAAAGCAACGCGUAAGGGAGGAAAUGUCGCUCUGAUUGGCGACUUUUUUUAUUCAACCAACAACUUCCCUAUUGGAAUGUUGAUGGAAAAGGCAAUUACCCUGCGCGGAGGGCAGCUCUACGCUGAAAAGUACUUCCCAUUUCUUCUAGAUCUGGUUACUGAGGGCAAAUACGAUCCCUCGUUCCUGUUUGGACACAAAGAUGACUUCGAAAACGUAGCUCAGGGCUACGAGAAUUUUCACAACCACCAGGUACCUGGAGGUCUAAAGGUUUGCCUUGAGACUGCUUUCGGGAGAACUCUCAGUGCUAGUCAUUAGUACUCCAUGUAGAAUGCCG